AGUUACCACCACCACAGAGAGUCAAACCAGUACCUGGCGAAUGGGAGCGCGCGACGUCGCCUCCAUCCACCCACCGGCCGGUCAGCUCAGUCCCCUCCCCGCCCCGAUCUACCGCCGGCCGUCGCGCUCCUUCGUACGACUGCCUUCCCGCCCAUCCAUCCCAUCCCCUCCCCCUCGAUAAUAAUAUCUCCCGCCUCCCGCCCUCCGCCGCACCUCACCUCCCAACCGUCCCCAGCGUGCGUGACGCUGACGGCGGCAUCCGGCCGGAUCCGCAUCCAUCCACCCGACAAAACCGCCCGCCGCUAGGCCGCUAAGCUUCCCUUCCACGUCUCCGCAGAGCCCAAUCGCCUCCGCCGCUGCGAGUUCAAUCGGUGCAUGGUCGCAGCAGCAGCAGGUCCUCCAUGAAGGUGCUCUGCUCCGCCUGCGAGGCGGCCGAGGCGCGCUUGCUCUGCUGCGCCGACGAGGCCGCCCUCUGCGCGCGCUGCGACCGCGACGUGCACGCCGCCAACCGCCUCGCCGGCAAGCACCACCGCCUCCCGCUCAUCCCGCACGCCGACGUCUCCGCGCCCAACUGCGACAUAUGCCAGGAGGCCCACGCCUACUUCUUCUGCGUGGAGGACCGCGCGCUGCUCUGCCGGGCCUGCGACGUGGCCGUGCACACGGCUAACGCCUUUGUCUCCGCGCACCGGAGGUUCCUCCUCACCGGCGUCCAGGUCGGCCUCCAGCCCGACGCCGCCGCAGACGCUGACGACCCGAACCCACCCACCGCCGCCGCGGCAUCGGAUCCCCUCCAAACGCCCCCGCCGCCCGACAGGAAGGCUGCAGCGGCCGGCGGCGGUAGCCCGGCGCCGCUCUACAGCGACGAUGACAUCGACUGGGCGCCCGGCGCGGACGCCGGCGCCGGCGUCGGCCUGCCGGACUGGGCGCUCGUCCACGAGCAGUUCAGCGCCCCGCCGGUGACCAGGCCCGCGGACCCGGCGCUCGCCAGAACGCCCGCUUCGAAGCGCAGCCCCCGGCGGUCUCUCGCCGCGGCGUUCACCGUCCAGAGUGGCGGUGGCCUUGCGGGGGGCUUGCCGGACUGGCCACUCGAUGAGUUCUUUGGCUUCUCCGAGUACAGCGCCGGUCUCGGCUUCGCAGAGAAUGGCACGUCCAAGUGCUCCGUCUUCCAUUGGCAGGCUGACAGCGGGAAGCUGGGGAGCACCGACGGCUCCCCGGCCGGCCGGUCGUCGUCCGACGCGUCCCAAGACUUCUUCGGACAGGUGCCAGAGUUCCACCAGUGGUCCGUGCCGGAGCUCCCUUCCCCGCCCACGGCCUCGGGGCUUCACUGGCAGGGCGGCCCGCGCCACGGCGCGACGACCACCACCGACACCAACACGGCCGCCGUGUCCGUGCCGGACAUCUCGUCCCCGGAGAACCCAUUCCGCUGCUACGCCGCCACCGCCGCUGGGCAGCCGCCGGCGAAGCGCCGGAGAAGAUGUUGACGUGACAAGUAGGGGAGAUCGAGUGUGUCUUCUUCCAGUACUGGAGUGGCGUAGGCUUUGCAAAAAAACAAAAACUUUCUGGUGUGUACUUCCAUGGUGACGUUGUAUCUAGCUCGUAGGCAAAGUGCAGUGCUAGGAUGCUACUUGUAGGUAGGAGACGAUCGAGGGAUCAGGGCAGCUUGGAGAAGACGAAGCAGACAGAGAUAACUACUCUACUAGUUGUAAUUUCUUGUUGUUGAGCAUGAUAAGUUAGCUGUAAACUAUGUACUGGGGUACGCUUGUUGUGUUAGUUUGGCUCGUGCUGUCAGGAAAAUGAAAAAAAAAAAACAAGUAGAAGAUGGAAAUAAAACGGUGACUUGGGCUACAA